AUUUGUAGUCUGUACUCUGUACUUAUGUUGUCAUAACUAGCUGCUCAAUUUCUCGGUGUUUCGAAUAAUUAAAUAAAACAAAAGCGGUGUGGUAACUAUUUUAAGAAUAAAUUCGUGUGAUUAAAUAAAAUAAACCUAUAAAAACAUGGUUGAUUACAGUAAAUGGAAGGAUAUUGAGAUUUCUGAUGAUGAAGAUGAAACGCAUCCAAACAUCGAUACACCGUCAUUAUUCCGAUGGCGUCAUCAAGCGAGAGUCGAGAGGAUGGAAGAGCGGAAGCGCGAAAAACAAGAACAUGAACAACGCAAAACAGAGAACUUAAGAAAAAUAACUGAAACAAAGAAAAAGAUAGCCGAGGCUGCAUCUAACAGCAGUGAUCUAGAAUCCUUAAAAAAGGCUCUUGUUGAGUUAGAAAAAGAAGAAAAAGCCAUCCUAAAAAAGGAAGAAGAACUAAAAAAGAAAGAGAAAACAACUCCAUGGAAUGUGGAUACCAUAAGUGAACCAGGCUUUACUAAAACAGUCAUUAAUACUAAAGCAACACGGACGAAGGAAGAAAACUUGACAGAAGAAGAAAAAGAAGCUAGAAUGAAAAAGUUCAUUGAUGAAAAUGAAAAACUUUUGAAGAAGUUUGGUAUGCUGAGAAAGUAUGAUGAUUCAAAACAAUUUCUGCAACAGCAUAGUCAAUUAGUUUGUGAGGAAACAGCAAACUAUCUUGUCAUAUGGUGUAUUAAUUUAGAAAUGGAAGAGAAACAUGACCUAAUGGCACAUGUAGCACAUCAGACCAUAUGCAUGCAAUACAUCCUGGAGCUCUCUAAGCAGUUGGAUGUUGACCCUCGAGGCUGUGUGGGAUCCUUCUUUACCAGAAUCCAAGUAGCUGAAAAAACUUAUAAAGAUACAUUUGAUGAUGAGUGUGAACAGUUCAAAGCAAGAAUCAAGAAACGUGCUGCUGAAAAGAUCCAGGAGGCUAUUCGCGAGCAAGAGGAAGAAGAAAGAAAGGCUCGACUGGGCCCAGGUGGACUUGAUCCAGUUGAAGUGUAUGAGGAGUUACCGGAUGAAUUAAAAAAAUGUUUUGAUGCACAAGAUAUACCAAUGCUUCAAGCAACCAUAGCAAAGAUGCCAGAGCAAGAAGCCGUAUACUAUAUGAAGAGAUGUGUAGAUGCAGGUCUGUGGGUGCCUGGGAAGAAUGAUGAAGCCCCAACUAUGAAAGAUAAUGAGGCUGAAAAAACAGAUAAGAAUGAAAAGGAACCAAUAUACUCUACAACAGAUGAUGUAGAUUAAGCUUUUUUGUUCACUUUUACUUAAGUGUAACAUUUUUAAUAUAAAAAUAUUUAAAUCUAUUAGUGGAUUGGAAUGUGAAAUCUAAUGCAAUUAUGUACACUAGUAAUAACUUUUGGUCUUACAUCUUUGACUGCACUACUACAGCUGCACUGUUUAGACCUCAAAACCAAAUUAUAUAUUUAAGCAGCUGUAGUCCCUUAACAUUCACCACAAAAAAGUUAAAUUUAAUGAAACCCAUGAUAAGAAUGAUAUUGCUCUGUAAACUCUGUAAAUGUACCAGAUAUUUAAUUUUCAUACACUUAAAUUUUAAGUGGCGCCAAUAACCGCUGCUAGUAUAUUUUAAGAACUAAUUAAACAAAAAAUUGACACACCUGAAUUUAAAACAAAACUUAGUUUGUUUAAAAUAUAAUUUUGCAACAUUGUAACAUAUUGUUUGGCAAAAAUGGCAUGACCUAAAAAGGUCUUAGUAAAGUUUAAAAAAAAUGUUUUGUAGGAUUUUUUCAAGGGGUCAUAUAUAUUGAAUUUUUUAGUUGGUUAACUUAACUAGUACUUCCAAUAGACUGAUGUCUCUAUAAAAACACCAACAUAAAGCAAUGUUAACUUAAUAUUUCUAAUACUAAUUAGCCUUGAAUAAAACGCUUGUAGCAUGUAAAUUCUUAGUGUGUAACAUAGUCAAGUUCGCAUGUUUAAUAAAGUUAUUACUAAUAAAGUAAUAUUUUCUUUCAAUAUAACUUAGAUUAUUGAAUAAACCCAAGAUGUACUA